AUGAAUAGAACCCGAAAAAAGAUUAUCCGGCCAAAAAAUCCUUAUUCCACAGCAAAUCUUUUGUCACGAUGGAGUUUUUGGUGGAUGAAAGAUCUCUUUCGGCGGGGCCUUAAGGGACCAUUGGAAGAUGAAGAGCUUUAUCAGCACCGCAAAAAUUUGGAUAGUGAGCGGGUCACGGAAAAGUUCAGUCGGUUGUGGGAGAAUGAACGAACAAAGAAGAAUCCUAGCGUGGUUCGCAUGAUCGUCAAAGCGUAUGGUAUGGUGUUUUUACCGCUAGGUGUGCUGUAUUCAAUAUGUGAAACUGCAACCAAGGCAAUGCAGCCCCUAUUUCUAGGUGGACUCGUCGCAUAUUUUGCUAGUGGUCAACAUUCUAUAAGCAAAGAAAACGCUUAUUUGUUUGCCGGCGGUAUCGUUUUGUGCUCCAUUAUUCCUGUGCUGACGUUCCACCCCUUUAUAUUCUACAUAUUUCAAGUGGGCACGAAAAUUCGUCUAGCAUUAUCCGGUCUCAUAUAUCGGAAAUGUCUAAAACUUUCGAAAAGUGCUUCCAAUGAUGCAUUGCGAGGACGAGCGAUUAACAUUCUUUCAAACGAUUUGGGAAGAUUCGAUGUGGCCUUAUGUUUUCUGCACGACGUGUGGAAGGGCCCAGCAGAAUCUGUUUUAAUAGGAUAUUUAAUGUAUCGUGAAAUUGGUAUUUCUGCUGUAAUUGGUGUCGCUUUUAUGUUAAGUUUUAUUCCACUACAGGCAUGGGCCGCAAAGAAGGCCGCCUAUUACCGUCAGAAAACAGCGGAGCGAACUGACAUACGGGUGAAAUUGAUGAACGAAAUAAUUCAGGGGAUACAGGUGAUAAAAAUGUACGCAUGGGAGAAAUCAUUUGCAAAAGUUGUUGCAGAGGUGCGUCUAAAGGAGGUUAAGGCUAUUCGCGGGACGUCGUAUAUCCAUGCCGCUUUAAGCUGUACUUCCAUGAUAUCGCCUCUGUCAGUGUUUAUGGCAUUGGUAUCAUAUGUCUAUUUGGGUGACGCCUUGACAGCAAAACGAGUGUAUACAGUUUCGUCAUACUUCAAUAUGUUGAAUGAUUCUAUGGUCCAUUUUUGGCCCCUCUCCAUUACAUUCUUAGCCGAAGCCUGUGUUUCGGCACGCAGAUGUAAAGAAUUUCUAUUAGAUGGCGACCAGGCUGAGGCACCGCUACAAUUAGAAAAGAAAAGGAAAAAUAAAUAUGUAAGAAAGUAUUUAACAAACAACAAUAAGAGUCGAUUGCAGCACAGUGACCGUAUUGGAAAGUGUGAUAAUGGGUCUACUGAGGCACCGAGUCCCGUUAGAAAAACAAGGAUUGUUGAUCUUGAAUCCCCCAACAAAAAUAUUAUACUACGCGAUGUAAACGCGAGUUGGGAAUGUACAGCGUCAGGUAGCUAUUCAAAUCAAGCAGUAGAAAAAUUAAAUUGCGAAAUUAAAGAUAGAAGUCUGGCGGCUGUGGUUGGGCCGGUUGGCGCUGGUAAAUCGACUUUUCUUAACGUACUAUUGGGAGAAGUGCAAAUUGAUUCUGGAGAAGUGUUGGUUAACGGAAAAAUAUCGUACUGCUCCCAGGAGCCGUGGGUUUUUGAGGGAACUGUACGAGACAAUGUGGUGUUUGUGGAGGACUUUAAUGAGAGGCGAUACAAACGAGUUUUAAAGGUAUGUGCGUUGGAAAGAGAUCUCGAAUUAAUGCCAAGAGGAGAUUUGACAAUGAUUGGUGAGCGCGGCGUUAGUUUAAGUGGAGGUCAGAAAGCACGAAUAAAUUUGGCUAGAGCUGUUUACCGCAAAGCAGACAUAUAUCUCCUAGACGAUCCUUUGUCUGCCGUUGACACAAACGUCGGAAAGCAUAUAUUUGAGAGAUGUGUUAAUGACUUCUUAUCAAAUAAAAUACGGGUACUAGUCACACAUCAACUGCAAUACCUUUUCGAUGUUAAACAUCUGUUACUUAUGGGCGCAGGCAAUAUAGUAGCCCAAGGAAGUUAUCAGCAGUUGCAGAAAUCAAAACAAUUUCAAUUUUUGGCGCAAACCCAUCACGAUUGCGGACCAGGAACAAACGGCGAAGGUGCUGCAGAUGAAGUCAGUGUUAUGUCUCGGAGUGAUUCGGAAAAAAGUACAGACCAUUACCAUCCAGUAUUAAGGCCGGAUGAAACGCCCGUCGAAGAUGCCAACAAAGAAGCGCAAGCUGUUGGUUCGGUGAAGUUAGACGUAUAUUUAUCCUAUUUCCAGGCACUUGAGAGUACAUUUUUACUAGUUUUAAUAGUUGGCCUUUUCAUAUGCGCUCGCGUAAUGCUAAAUGGCGUUGACUACUUCCUUUCCCGGUGGGUUAUAUGGGAAGAACAUAUUGGUCGCACAAUAAAUGAUACCGUAUCGGGCAUUGGAAAUUACACAACAUCCUUAAAUGAAAGUGGUGGCCAUGACGAUCAUGAACGACAUAAACGUGUGGUUAUAUAUUCAGCAAUGCUAGGUUCAACGCUAAUUGUAUAUUUGUUGAGAACAUUUGGCUUCUAUAAAAUGUGCCUAAGAAUUUCCCUAAAAUUACACGAUCGUCUAUUUCGGGGCAUUACUCGCACAAGCAUGUACUUCUUCAAUACAAAUCCCUCUGGACGAAUACUUAACAGAUUUUCAAAAGACAUUCGGACAGUCGAUGCUGAUUUACCACACACUCUAAUGGAUUGUUUAUCGUUCGCAAUCGAUAUAUCUGGCGUUCUACUAAUUGUGGCUAUCGCCAACUUCUGGCUUUUAAUACCUGCAUUUGUGAUAUUAGUAUGCUUAGUGGGCAUACGUUUUGUGUAUAUAAAGACAAGUCGCAGUGUGAAGCGUUUGGAAUCAAUAUCUCGUAGUCCAGUAUAUUCUCUCACAAAUCAGACAUUUCAAGGACUUUCAACAAUAAGAGCCUUGGAAGCCGAACAUGCCUUAGAAGCGGAGUUCCAUGGCUAUCAAAAUGCAAACACGUCAGCAUGGUUUCUGUUUUUUUCUUGUACGCGUGCCUUUGCGUUGUGGACAGAUGUGAUUUGUGUGUUCUACAUAAGCGUUGUAACAUUUAGUUUCCUAGUAUUGAGUGCAGACUUCAAUAGCGGCGACGUGGGCUUGGCCAUUUUACAUUCAAUAACAACAAUUGGGAUGUGCCAGUGGGGUAUGCGUCAAACGGCAGAACUGGAGAAUCAAAUGACUAGUGUCGAACGCAUAUUGGAGUACACAUUGCAACCUCCAGAACCUUCAAUGGAAACAGAAGAACAAAACAAGCCGAAGGGUGAGUGGCCUAGUGAAGGCCGCAUUGAGUUCGUAAAUUUCAAAUUUAAAUACAGCCCGAAGGACGGUUAUGUUUUGAAAGAUUUGAAUUUUGCUACACAACCAAAUGAAAAAAUUGGCAUUGUUGGUAGGACGGGUGCAGGCAAGUCCUCAAUUGUCCAAUCCAUAUUUCGUUUGGCGUGUAACGAAGGUGCAAUAUAUAUUGAUGGCAUUAACAUAGAAAAAUUGGGCCUGUACGAUUUGAGAAGUAAUAUAUCAAUAAUACCUCAAGAUCCCGUCCUAUUUUCUGGUACAUUGCGGUACAAUUUGGAUCCAUUAGAUGAAUGCAAUGAUGUUGAUAUGUGGAAAGCACUAGAGGAGGUUGAACUUAAAGGACAUGUUUCAACGUUAAUAGGGGGACUUAAUUGCCGUAUGUACGACGGUGGAUCUAAUUUCAGCGUGGGACAGAGGCAAUUGGUCUGUUUGGCAAGGGCAAUACUAAGAAAGAAUAAACUACUAAUAUUGGAUGAAGCGACGGCAAAUGUGGAUCCAGAGACGGAUAAACUUAUACAAAAGACAAUACGCACAAAAUUCUCUAAAUGUACCGUCUUAACAAUAGCUCAUCGUUUACAUACCGUUAUGGAUUGCGAUCGCAUAUUGGUAAUGGACGCCGGUCAAGCGGUCGAGUUGGGUCAUCCAUUCGAGUUGUUACAGAAACCCGGAGGUUUCCUACGCAAUUUAGUUGACCAUACAGGUUUGGCAACAGCAUCCGCAUUACUUCAAGCUGCGGAGGAAAACUACAAAUUAAGAAUGCAAGAAUCUUGUGAUAAAUCGAAUAAAUCGUUGUGA